GUAAGACAAGAUAAUUCAUUCUGGAGGUUAGUUUAACUGUUAUCAAAGGAAUGAUAAGAACGUUGCUCUUAUCGUUUUUAUUUGAUGUGAAUAAAUUGAGUCAUAAAAUUGUAUGAAUACGCGAGUACAAAGUAAAUUAUAAUUGAUUAAAACCAUAAGUAAUGGAGAAAACUGCAAGCAAACGAAAUGUCCCUCCAAUUAUUAGGAAGAUAUUGGAUAUCGACGUUAAACUUACAGAAAAAUUUGUAUUGUGGGCAAACCAGUUUGUCCCACUUCGAUCAUUACGUACACAUUACAAAAUUUUGGAGAUAAGCUGCCAUGGUAUUGCUUGGUUUGCAUGCUGGAUUGCUUUCAUGUGGGUCUAUACUAGCAAGUCUCUUGUUCAAAUGCAAAUUAACAUGCUACUUGGUUUAAUUAUUGACAUAGUAUUAAUUGCUGUGAUAAAAGCAUAUACUCGAAGAAGAAGACCACCUGCAAAUAAGAACGAUUCCUUUGCAGAGAUGGGUCCUGAUAAAUUUAGUUUUCCAUCAGGUCAUGCAUCUAGAGCAGCCUAUGUAGCCUAUUUCUUCUGCAAUUUGUACCCACUUCCAAUUAUAUUUUGGUUGCCAGUACUGUCUUGGGCCACAAGCGUGUCUUUGAGUAGAGUUCUUCUAAAUAGGCAUCAUGUUUUGGAUGUAAUAGUUGGUGUCUUGCUGGGGAUUUUGGAAGGAAUACUUUUAGGUUUCUUAUGGUUAGAUCAAGAAACCGCAUUAUGGAUGUGGAAUUCAUUAACUGAUGAGAAGCUCCAAGGUGGAGAAUUCCAUGUAUAAUAAUUGAUAGUGAGAUUAUGAACUGUUACCAGUUUAUAGCAUACAUAAUUUUCUGUAUGUCUUUAACAUUACGGAUUGUUUGUCAAUUAUUUUAAAUUUAUUUUUAUGAUUUUUUGUGAAUUACUCCUUACAGACGAUUAAAUAAAGAUUUUAUACUACA